CUUGACAUAAGACAAAUGAAUAUGUUGCCUAUCUAUCGGAAUAUUUUGAAAAAUAUCUCCCUAAUUCAAUUAAGGCGAUGCUCCUCCUUAACCUCUUGUGUAGAAUCUAAUCAAGGUAAAACAAGAACGAUUGUUCUGAGCAAUACAAAGAAACGAAAUGCACUCUCUUCCCAAAUGCUUGACGAACUUUUGAACCAUGUAAAGAGCACCAGUGAAGAAAAUAGAAUUGUUGUUAUACGAUCAUCAGGCAGCGUCUUUUCUGCCGGUCAUGACCUCAAGGAAUUGGUUGACUCAGAUAUCCAAGGUAAAGCAGCUGUAUUUGAAAAAUGUGAAGCUCUUAUGAAAGCAAUUAGAUUGGCACCGGUACCCGUUUUAGCCGCUAUUGACGGUUUAGCUACGGCUGCUGGGUGUCAAAUAGUUGCUACCUGCGAUCUUGCUGUGGCAACAAGGAAUUCAAAGUUUGCAACACCGGGAGUUAAAGUUGGAUUAUUUUGCUCCACACCUGGUGUUCCAUUAGCAAGAAGCGUUCCCAGGAAAGUUGCCGCAGAUAUGUUAUUCACCGGUCAGCCCAUUACGGCUGAAGAAGCUCUUAGGUCGGGUUUAGUAUCUAGAGUUGUCCGCAAAGAGGCAUUGGAUGAUUGCAUUAAUGAAAUCGUAUCUGACGUUUGUGGUGUUGACCGAAGUGUUAUAUCGUUAGGCAAAAAGGCUUUCUACGAGCAAAUUAAUCUUCCAGAGGACGAGGCCUUGUCAAAGUCUUCUUGUGUUAUGUUAACGAACCUUGAGUAUAAUGCAGCGCAAGAUGGUAUUGCUAAAUUCUUAAAAAGAAAGUGA